AUGAGUAAACCUGGACCCAGUGGUAAACCAAUGAUUUAUAAUGUUGAAUGCAAAAGCAAAGCAGAUGCCAAAAACAAAGCUAGAAGUAGCAGUCCAGGAUCAAGUAACAGAGGUGGACAUAUACCUGAGUUUCAUAAAGCUCACAAGGAAGGUCAAAAGGAUCAUGAGCAUCCAACUAAUGCCCAAGGCAAAAAAGAGUUUGGUGCGCCUCAUUUCAACUUUGGAAAAAAGAAAUAA